UGUUUGUUUAGUCUGAAAUUGGCAUCUGGUCAAGAUCAACUGCCAGUAGGUAGAGACCACAUAUGGAGCCCACCAAUUCGGAGUCGCGGCACCGCCUAAAUGGAGGGGGCAGGAGUUCCGCGCCAGCAGGCUCCGGAGAGUACAUCAAGGUGGUGGAGUCCCAAUGCGAGACCGAUGGAUUCGUUAAUGAACAGUGGACGGAACCGGCGAUGCCAGGUCCAGUGCCUUGGAAGACCAUUAUUAUCAUUCUUUUGCUGUUUAUCGGUGGCAUUGUUUGCAUCGCCUUUGCCACCUUAAACUGGGUGACGGACACGAGCCGGGAGCGAUCGGAUCGGGUGUGGGCGUUGGGUAUCAUCGGGGCACUGACCUUCAUCCCGGGAAGCUACUAUGUGUACGUGCUCUUCUGCAUAAUGCUCAACCGCAACGGAUUCACCAUGGACGAGAUACGAAGACUCGGCUGAAAAGGAGAAACCAAAGACACCAAAUGUUUCGUCAAAUAGAGUUUAUUGCUUUUACACUACAGUUAUUCACACAUUUCAUUGGCAUAAUUUCUUUAGCAACAAUCUUAAUAUGUAGUUCAUUAUGAUACAUGUGUAUUGCCCCGGUAAUUGUAUAAAAAUAUUUUUUAAACACG